AUGGAUUUCGAUGAGGCUAAGGAAAAUAUACAACCCUUGGCACAAGGCCGAAAUGCAAGUAUAUUGCAGGCAUCCCUUAAAGUGGAAUCUGCCCAGGAGUUAAUGGCCCAAAGAAAAGAACUAGAAAGGGAGAUACAUAAUUACACGGGUGAAGAUCCGCUCAGUGUGUGGUUCAACUACAUAGAAUGGAUUGAACAAAGUUUUCCAUCGGGUGGCAAAGAAUCCGGAUUGCAAGAGGUAUUAGCCAAAUGUCUAUCUCGGUUUGAAAGUGAAGAAAAAUAUUAUCAAGAUCGUCGUAUGAUUAAAUUGUACAUUAAAUAUAUUGAUAGCCACAAGGACCCAGCUGAGUGCUAUCAACAAUUAUUUAAUGCCGGCAUUGGUACAAUGGUUUCGGAUUUCUACAUAGCUUGGGCAUACUGUUAUGAUUUAGUUAAUAAUACACGAAAAGCGGAUGAAAUUUUUCGUCGUGGAAUUGCUUGUCGUGCCCAGCCAUUAGAGGAGCUACAAGAAGCACAUCAGCAUUUUGGAUUUACUGUCGCCCAGCGUCUGAUGUACAAGGAUGAUGAUAAUGUUCAGGAGGAAACGAAUCGUCAGAUACAAGAACGUCGUCAAGCCUUGUCAUCAUUGAGAGGACAUCGUCGUAGACAAAUGGUUGGGAGUAUACGAACUGGAGCUGCAGUUAAAAGUAAUGCACCGGGAACAAUUAGGACUGAUGGGACAACGUCUCAAGAUCGUGUCAAUGUUCGUGUGCAAGUCUUCAAGGACGAAAACACAACACCUAACUUAGUAGUCACAGAGCAAUCCAACGAAAAAGCUGGUAAUACCACAACGAAAGAUGAUGGCAAAUCUGUUAUACGAUCUAUUAUUGAUGCCCAACGGGAGCAGGAAAAUCUCAAAGAACCUGGUCCCUGGAAUAAACCACACGCCAAGGGUAAAUUGUUUUCCAAAAAAGUCACCACAAAUGAACUGGGCUUUGAAAUACACGAAGAUGAUGGAACAAACAAAGAUGAAGACACUCAAUUGUUGCCCAUAAAAAUUUCACACGAAGACUCCAAAUAUGAUAAACCAAUGAAACUGCCACAUAACUUUUCGGCCCGAAGUAGACCUAAUCCAGAUUGGAUUGUUCCAGUGACAACGGAAGAACGUCCCGACAAGAAUGUUCUACCAGUGUAUAAUAAAUGCAAAUUAUAUCCUCGUCCCAAUGUUGAAUUUCAACCAGAAGAAUUGAGAGCGUAUAACUUCUUCAAGAAACGCGAAAUUGAAAAUAACUUUGUGACCAAACGAGAAAAGUACUGGGGCAACGGGGCUCUCUAUAACAUACGGCAUUUCCCUCAUUUUGCAAAACAAUCUAAACCUCAAGAACCCACUGUUUUAGAUGAGUUUUUUGCACCGCCUCAACCCGCUGGAAUGGUAGUGCUGUACAAGGAAAUCUACAAUGUCGAAGAAAAGGUCGAACGUUCAUUCGAGGAAAUUCUAGCUCAAAGACUUAAACCUAAUGAGACUAUUAUACAAACAGCAGAUAUGGAAGAAACCAUUUGUGCUACCAGUGAAAAAAUACAAAGACGUAAAAGUUUUUUCCCUAUGCGAAAAUCAAUUGCCCCGUGUGCUAAUAGGGGCGGAGUUGGAGGAAGAAAAUAUUCUAUAAUGCCAAGUACGGUAACCGAAGAAGAUGAAGACGAUGCAAAUAAUCAGAGUACCUCAAAAUGUAAGCCAAUUUUCGAAAAUCGUGGAGAGAUUCAAUUUCCUAAAAUCCUCUCUAAGGUACCAAAUAAAAACCAAGAACCUCCAGCCAACGAAUUGGUUUCAAAACCUGAAUUACCUAAGAUUUUCUCCAAAAUUCAGGGUCACCAAGAACCUUCAAAAGAAUUGCCGGUGGAACCAGAAUUACUCAAAUUUGUCCAAGGGGUUGCAAAUGAACCGAAAUCUUCUAAAGAUACUGCUCAAAAACCCUCUAUACCAACCAUAUGUGUAUUGGAUGAUUCAGUUAAACGACCUGAGUCUCCUAAGUUGUCCUUCAACGUAGCUGAUGGCAACUCAGUGGCAAAGACAGAAGCAGUUGCCACAAAACCUAAGGAGCGCUUUGAAAUUUAUCAGGAAGAAUCAAGUUUUAUUAGUUCAGCACCUAAAUCUUUGGCAUUGGAAGCAGAAGCAUCAGAUGGCUUUCAGUUUAAAGCGCCGUUACCACCCACGACAGCCACAGCAGCUCCUCCAUCAAUUCAAACCAAAUCAAAUAAAUUACCAUUUGAAAUUUUCGAAGACAAUUCUGCAGCAACUGCACGUAAAUCGCCAGAAAUGGGUUGUGGCACAGGGGGAUUCUUUGAUGCCGAUGAAACUUGUUCCACACAAACAUUCAAUAUAUUUCUUAAAGCUCAAAGUGUAAGCACUCCUAAGAUGAAACCAGAACCUCAGAGAAUUUUUGGUAAUGUUCUAAAACAGUCGGCAGCGCCCUCAACCACGGUCGUUGUUCCUCCGCCGAUCCCCAAUGAAGAAGAUCAAAAACAUAUCAAUGCGGAUGUAAUAAAUGAUGAAAACUCACCAGCCCCUGCUGCACUUUUCUCCCCACAACGCAAACAAUUGUCCACGAUUUUGGAAACAUCAGAACAUGGCACAACACAAAGUACCCACACCACAGGAGCUACCACAAAAUCAACUAUUAGUUCACCGGAAUUGGAUCAGGAAUCAAAUGCACAAGCAAUGAUGGCCAAUACCCAACAUCAGCCAACACUCGAUACUGUCAAAGAAAGAACCAUAGAGGAUUCGAUUACACCCACUCCUCCUCAAGAACCGAGCUCUUCUGAUUCCACGAACAAACCUGAAAGUCAGCAACCAAAACGUGGUCGUGCAAUGGAAUUUUCCAUUUUUGAAGAUUCUGCCACUGAUAAAAAUUCGGAAGAAAAGAGGCCGGUCAGUCACGAAAAAACACAGCCGACAACAUUACCAGCACCCGGAAUUGCAAGACAUGAACCUACAGCCAAAAUUGGACGUGGAAUGGGUCCGUUGAACUUUUCCAUAUUUGAGGAUAGCAUGGCCGGCAAUAGUAAGAAACAAAAUGUGGGAGAUUUUUCUCGUCUGGACGAACGAGAAGAUACCGAGGCCGGUUAUGCUGUAAAACCGAUUCGUUUUCAGGAAGACAAAACUGAAACUAUAUCUAAAAUGUUAUUAGCCCCAACACAACCUGUGAAAUUUCAAGAAGAUAAAACUGAAACUAUUUCAAAAAUGUUAUUCGCCCCACCGCAACCUAUAAAAUUCCAAGAAGACAAAACCGAAACUAUAUCGAAGAUGUUAAUGGCUCCUCCUCCCCCGGUUAGAUUUGAAGAAGAUAAAACUGAAACCAUAACCAAAUUUAUGUUGGCUCCACCACCGCCCACCAAAUUGGCUGAAGAAGAACUGUUGCCAAAAUUAUCAAUGAAAGACAACAGUAUGGCUGCAUCCAAAAGCCAAGAUAAUUUCUUUGAGUUCUUCACCCAAUCACCCCCCAAAGCAUCCAAAGGGGGUCCGCUGGCCAAAAAAGUCGAAAAGCCUGUGGGGGCGCAGUUACGCAUGGCAGCCGAAAGCAUGACCCCAGUAGCACAGAAUCCAAAACGUGUUUGUGAUGUUGAUACUCCGGAUCUAAAAACAUCAAAGUCCAAACCCACGGGUCUAUUUAAAGAGUCGAAACCAAGCAAAAGUGUUUUACGAGAUUCAUUUAUACCCGACUUCAGUAUGGCUGACGAGUCCUCACAGCCAGCAAAGCCGCCAGCGAAAGCUGUUAAACCCAAAUCAGUGCUAAGAGAUACAUUCAUUCCAGACUUUUCACUCAUUGAAGAUAGUCAGCCACCACCAAAGGCCCCGCAAAUACCCAGCAAUAAACAAAAAGUAUCAAAUGAUUCAUUUCUUCCUGAUUUUUCACAUAUCCCUGAAACACAACAACAAGGACAUGAUUCUAUAAUUCCAGAUUCUCAGCCUAUGCAAACUUCGACUUCAAGCAGUCGAUUAAAACAAAAGUCAGCAAUGCAAUCGUUCUUGCCUAAUUUUGCCGAUGAGUCUAUGGUACCCGAUUCACAACCCAGUGAAAAUGCUUCCCUCCGAAAGAAACAACAAAAUUCCAUGAAAUCGUCAUAUGUGUCUGGUUAUAACAUGGCAAGCGGCGAGCCACAGCUUUUAACAAAUUCUGGAGAAGGUCAACCGGCAUCCAUGCGAAAUAUUCUAACCGAUACAUUUAUGAAAGAUUUCUCUGAAAUCAAAGAACCACCACCCAUACCAAUGGACGUAAAAGAAAUGACCCUCAUACAGCCCAGUAAAAAUAAUUCGACCUUGAAACUAUUGGAAGAGACAAUAAGUCAUAAGACCACAAAUGAAACCAUGAAUCGGUCAUCGAAACCACUGGCACAGUCUACUUCGACUGGCAAAUUAAGCUUCUUGGGCUCAAACCCCAGUAAAACAUCUUCAAUGGAAAAUAAGAAAUCUACGGGAAAUGAUAAAUUUUUCGAAUUGAAUGCUGAGACCGAAAUGUUCGGCACCAACAUUAGUAUGAUUAAAAAUUCAACAAUGCUGCCCAAUCAUGGUCUAAUGGCAUGCAAGAAUUUGUCACAAAUUCAAGAAAAUUCCAUACACAUAAAGGCCGAGGAGUUAUCACCACCAUCAUCAUCAUCAUCGGAUACAUUGUCCAAAUCAAAUGCACGAACAUUAGUAAUGGAUAUUUCUAAGGGCAAGAUGACACAGAUAGAAAUGCCACCUCCGUCUGCCAAACAAUCGAGCAUGAUGGACUUGCCUAAACCGAAAUUAAGUUUCUUAGAUAACACCGGCAAAAAUGCGAUGGGAUCGGCUGUGGGAACAUCGCGUUUUAGUAUCGAUAUCAGUCAGUCAGAAUGGGAUGCCAUACAAGCACAAAAACAAAAGCAACAAAAACAGCAGUAUUCAAAUUUAACUGCCUCCCGAAAACUAGACGAAGAGCCGAAUGAAAACGACGAAGAUGAUUAUGGUGAAAUGAGUAUUUACUAUAAGCAUACACCGAAAACGCCCAAAGCUCAAGUCCAUCUUUGGGAAGUGCCCGAAGAAGAUGAUGCCUUUAAAACACCCACCAAUAAUCGUUAUAUGCACGCCGAAGUCGAUUUAAAUCAAACACAACAAAUCAUCAAAAAUAUAUGCAUAGACCCGAAUGUUAAUCCAUUUAAAGUGGACUUAAUCAAUGCAUUUCUGGAGCAGAUACACUUCUCGACCUAUAUACAAGAAUUGACGCAUUGUAUGAUGGUGCGUAGUAUACAUCGUUUGAAGCCUUCGUCGAAAAUCAAGAUCAACAGUGUUGAAUUUGAAGUUGUCAAAUUGAUAGGUGAAGGUGCAUAUGGAGCGGUAUUUUGUGGCAAAGAAACAAUCGGUGGUAGACGUGUUGCAAUGAAACAGGAAAAUCCAGCUAAUUUAUGGGAAUUUUAUAUAUGCCUAGAAAUACAUGAUCGUAUAUUGGUCGAUGAAAUGCUACCAGCUUAUAUGAACAUAGACUAUGCAUUAAUUGGUAAUAACUCCAGUAUACUUAUAUCACAAUUCUCACCGUAUGGAUCGUUGAUAACGGUUUGCAAUAAAAUCAAGAAACACACCAUGAAAAACGUUGAUGAAUAUGUGGUAAUGUUGAUGGCCAAUGAACUGUUGGAAAUCAUUGAUCAUUUACAUGCCGUGAAUAUUAUACAUGCUGACAUCAAAGCAGAUAAUUUUCUGCUAAUGAACAAAUUACAAUACCCGUCCAAACAACGCUGUAUACAAUUAAUAGAUUUCGGUGUAUCAAUCGAUAUGAAACGUUUUGAAAAAGGUCAAACAUUUUCGUUUAUACACAACGAUAAUAGUUUCAAGUGUAUUGAAAUGCGUGAAAAUCGUCCAUGGACCUAUCAAUUGGAUUUGUAUGGAUUGGCCGGCGUUAUACAUGUUUUACUAUUCGGCAAAUAUAUGGAGGUUGAGAAAAAGCCGAAUGGAAUUUGGAUGCAUAAGACCCAUGUACCGCGUUAUUUCAAUAGAAAUUUGUGGGAUGACAUUUUUAAAACUUUACUUAACAUACGUGAUUGUAAUUCAAUGCCGAAUUUACAAAAUCUACGAGCAUCGUUGAAGGAGGAAAUUGUCGAAAAGGAAAAAUAUGUUAUAAAAAUGGUGAAUGAUUUUAAUCGAGCACUAGAUCAGUAG